CCAGAUGUUUCUCCUCUUCAGAUACCGGCUGACCCCUAAGGAUGCUUCAGGCCAGAGUGAAGUUAAUUAUAACCGGAGAUGACUUUGGCUACUGCCCAAGGAGGAACCAAGGAAUCGUGGAGUGUUUCCUGGCUGGAGCAGUUUCCAAUGUUUCCCUUCUGGUCAAUGGCAGCGCUGCGGCAGCUGCAGCACAACUGGCAAGAAGGCAUAAUAUUCCAAUAGGUCUGCACGCUAACCUGUCCGAGGGCUCUCCUGUCUGCAAGGUACUCAAGAAGAACUCCUCCCUGCUUAACAAAGACGGAUUCUUCCAUGGAAAGAUGGGAUUCAGGACGGUUCUAGCAAAAGGUCUCCUGAAGAUGUCAGAGGUGAAAUAGGAGCUAACGGCACAAGUUGACCUCUUCUGUGAAUUGACAGGUCAUGUCCCUCAUCACAUGGACGGACACCAGCAUGUUCACGUUCUCCCAGAGGUUAGACAUGUGUUUGCACAAGUGUUAGAGGAGUAUGGGAUCAAGUAUACACGUGCGCCAGUAGAACUAGGCCUUCACAGCUCUGCGUGGAUAGAGCCUCCUCUAAUGGACUUUUAUCUGGGAGUAGAAAAAGAUUCCCUUGACACACUAGAUGUGUUUACAAGACAUGGAAUAAGGUGGGCUGACAUUUAUAUAGGUUUGAGUACCAUGGGCAAACACAUGUCUGUCAGCAACAUUCAGAGUGCCAUUGAUACUGCUGUGGCAGCUUUUGCUACCAAGGAAAACUCUGUGAUGACUCAAUUUUCACCUCAACAUCAGCAAAGCAGAACAGUCACAAUUGAACUGAUGGUACAUCCAGGGUACCCCACUAUUCCACCUGUUGGAGGCUGUGGAGAAGGACCGGAUGAUUUUUCACAGUCAUGGGAACGCUUGCAUGAACUCCAAACAUUAAUGAAUCCAGAGUUGCAAAGCUAUUACAAAACAAGGAACAUUCAACUUUGUGCAUUUAAAGAUCUUUAAUCAAGAGAAGAUAAAUCUAGCUUGUACUGGGGUGGGGGACUCUGUAGCUGAUAGUAUACCUCAUACCACAGAAAAACUGUGAAUGGACUGGGAGCAACCUAUAAACUAAUUAGAAAUACCUGGACUCUCCAAUGCACCUAGCAGCAAUAUCCCAGCCUGUAUCUCUCUCACUGGCAUCAGAUUUGUAAGACACCUCAGCUGAUUUGAAAGUGAUGGAUUUCCUUUGUGUACCAUAUUCACAGUCCACCCCAAAAUUUAACUUGAAAGCCAAGGCCCAACUGUCAGACUAACAAACAGUUCCUGCAGAUGCUGCAAUAGCAGAUAACACAUCCACCCAUGGCUGACAAUCAUGCAUCAACUUUUUGAAAGAUUUUUUGUGUGGCGGCAGGGAAUAGUUGCAAAAAGAUAAACAGCCUAGUAAGUAAGACUCACCUGGCCAAGGGAGGCUGAUUUCUGUAAGCCUAGUAGCUUUGAGCAUUCCCUUCAGAAAUUACUGUAUUUUCCUUUCAUUUUUUUACUUGAGCUAUUGCAUCUUUACUCAUGCCUACAGAAAAGGAAUGGUCAUUGCAGACAUUUUUUCUUCACUAAAAGUAAUCAACUUAUGAUAUUAGCCUUCUGAUGUCUUCAGUCAUACUCCAUGCAAGUAGCUGGAUGCAGAGUUAAACUAUUUAAGUAGGCUGUAGCCGUUAUGCAGUCAAAAGAAACUUUUAAUGACAGCACUUCCAGACAGGCUUUUUAGAUGAUUUUACAAGAACAGCAAUUGUUGCCCCAUUAGCUAGUUCAUGAUGACUGUUACCUAUAAAAAUCCUACCAUCACCUGUCAAUACACCACACUCUGUCCUUUCAUGAGCUACGUGCUGUGUUGGCCACUUACUGUAAACGUAAAGAUGUUCUAACGUCUAGAGGGAGCAAUGACAAUGAGAAGGAAAAAACAGAACAAAAAUUCUGAUCAUCAAAGUUUUCUAAUUUCUACAGUUCCACUACAGGUCAGUUUUCAUUCCUCUGAUACUUUCUGAAAAAUCCUCCUUGAUCUAUGAGAUUUUUCUGAGCUUCAUGUCUCCCAAAGCAUAUUUUAAUGUGUCAGUAUUGUUCAGUCAUCUUGGCUAUAUAAAGAGAUGGCAAAAUGCACUUCAUCCAAGCCUGACCAGUAUUUUUCCCCCAUUACAUAACUCAAACCUCCUUUUAGCACACGGCCUUUAUUUUUACAAAGUCUUAAUUGUUUGAGGCAUAACCUGUAGAAAAAUCAAAGUCUACAACAGCCCAGUCAUACCAGGGCUAUGUGCACAGAGGGCAUGAUUUUUUCCAUGACUAACAGGACUUAUUUGGCCGCCAGUUCCUAGCCAACUGGGAAGUUCCUUUGUGUAAGGGAUAAAACCAAACAAAACUAACAUUAAUGAAAUAUUAAGAUUGCUAUUAUCAAGCAACUUUCAGGCAAUUCUAUACACUUAGAUUAUGCCACAGUAUUAAUUCCAGAUUUACAGUUUCUAUUGAAAUAGGUACAUGGUGUACAAUGUUGCUGAGGCAAAAUUACAAACGAAACCAAUUUUUUGAAGUGCUUGAUAUGUCAAACUGUACAUGACCCCUAGCCUUUACAUUUAGCAGUAAAGUUUCCAGGUUACUGACUGUGAUAAAGUAUAAUAAAAGAACAAGGGAUGUAAGAGUUGCACUCAGCAAUGAAAGAGAUUGUAAAAGUGCUGUUAGAAGUGAGUGCCACCUAGUGUUUCAUUAGCUGUUGUUCAUGUAUGGUAAUGUGCCUGGAGGCAGUGGAUUAGCUAAUACUCUAUCUCAGAUUUUUACACAUUACCUAAUUUUUAACCUUGAUUUAUUCUUGAGUACUUACUAUGAAUUUGUUUUGAUCACACAGUCAUCAAAACCUCCCUUCUCUUUUCAUGUAUUGUACUGAUUGUACUCAUUUUCUGCUUCCUUCACACUAACUGAACACUGUGAAAUCAGCAUGAGUGGCCUUAACCCAUUCAGUUCUGUACUGUGAAUAUUAGACAAUUUUGUAAAUGUCCAUAUUUCUAAAUAAAUAGGACAAAAACAGGAUUUUACCAUUCAAAUGAAUUGAAAGCACUUUAAAGUGGAAGUGUGAGUAAAGAACUCAUUUUAAGUACAUGCACUUUUAGCUGAACUAUUUUUAUGUAAAUAAGGAAAUGAUAAAGUGUUUGAGAAAGUCUUGCGAGAUAUGAAGUUCGCCAUAAGAACAUUCAACAAACCAACUAUAAGCUUUCCCUGUAUACAGAUAUUUUCAAAAUCCAGUCUGUCUAAAAAUAAACCAUGCCACAAAGCCUUUGAGAGCAUUUUUAUUACGGGUAGCAGAAGGGAAUUGCAGAAAGCCUAUACCAAUACUCUUGGGUGUAUAGUUUCACCAGUAUGCUGUAGUUUUGGGUCUUGAACUGCAUGUUUAGAAUGGAGCAUGGCUUAGGGAACCAGAUAGAACAGCUUGAAUUCCUGAGUUAACACAGGACUGGCUUAGUACUUUUCAUUGGUCUACUCCCACUCCAGCCAUACACACACUUAUUUGGUCUGUAUCUUUUGCAAAGAGUCUCACCUAUAAGUAAAAGCUGCUACUUGUGUUUCAAAUCUUGUGGUUUGGGUACUGGACUAUAAAGAAAGCAAGAAGAGAACUGAGAUUAAAUAUUUUCUUCCACCUGAUCCCUAGACAUAAAAUUAGAUAACAGGCAUGAACUUGCUAUAGGCUGAUGUGAAUUUGAACUGCAGUUCCUGGAAUUAUCCAACCUCUUCAGUUCCCUUGCAGUGGUAUCUAAUCACACCAAUUCACAUGUAUAUGCAGCAUUUAACCUGAGAGGUUUACAAUCAGAAAGUAUAUUCACUUUUUUUAUAGAAACAAGAGUGACAAACAGGUGCUACAGUUUUUAUAAAUAUGAAAGGAUAAUUUGGGCAAUGCCAAGUUUCCAUGCUAACAGACGUGAUCAAGAGGAGAGAGAAACAGUGCGUCAUUUAGGUAGCUGAUGCAGAAGUUACACACACUUCAGUUUGAUGAAUAAUUUGGCUUUUUUUAUUAUGAAGCAGUGAGCGUGAAUGAAACAAAAUCAGUACCCACUUGCUGCAAAUGAAGACACAAAGAUGUGAAAAUUUGGUAAUAGACAGUGCUCUCACUGAAAACACUUAGGAAAUGCAAGUUUCCUUACAUAAGGUGACCACGGUUUAACUUUAUUUACCAGCUAAAGAAUCUAAGAAUACUUAAACAUCCAAGUUCUUAAGCUCCCUCACUUAUAAAAUGUUUUACUUUUCAACAGAGGUACUGGGCUGUCAUUCUUUAUGCUAAAUUCUAAAUCAAAGCUGGAUCUAGAUAAAAAGGGCUGAGCAGAAAAGACAGGAAACAUACAAGACAUUAAAACCAAAAGGGUUUCUCUACUGCUCCCUAGACACAUGUAAGUCCUGAAACAUUGCAAAGACAGAUGCUGUACUAAUGCUGAUUGUAGGAGUACAAAUAACCAUCUGGGCGUGAAGAAUUUACUAAUACAGCUUCCUGCACAUCAAAAUGCUAUGCACUUCUAAUUUCUGGAAAUAACCCUGCUUGUUCAAUAAGAUAUCAAAAUGCUAAUGGUUGGGAAGAAAAGGCUGUUUGUGUGGCUAUGACCUCACUUUAGAUUUAGGGGGGGAAAAACAGGCAGUUAAAAAUUAUGAAAAACAUUUAGAUUAUUAAGGGUAUUGAGUCGUGAACAGUCCUUUUCUCUGAGCAGGCAAUGCCUUGGACUGAAGGGAAAAUAACUUAGUCAAGUAAAAAUAGGGUAGGAGGGAGUGUUUCAAUGAGUAUUUCAAGUAUCAUCUAACGCAAGUGUCGUAUAUUAUCUUACAGAUAUUUCUGAACAGUACUAGUGAAAUGUGUUCUAUUUAUUAGUUUAUUGCUUAAUGCUAUUCUCAGACCAUUUUCAAAAAAAUCGUACAGUAAUGGGGGUCAGGGGGGCCCCAUCUCAAAAAA